AUGUCCAAGUUUUUAUCAAAAAUCCUACUUCCUGUAUUAAUGCGCGAGGCCGGGAUUUUUGAUGUUGAUGAAGAAAGCAUGAUGAUCAAAAAACCUAAUAUGAAUAAUAAUGAAAACAAUUGGGGGCGGAUCGAAGAUGUUGAAGAAGAUGAUGCAUCCAAGAAACUGAAAGAAAAUUCUAUCAAGAAAAUCAUUGAGAAUAAAUACGAAGCAGCCCUUGGAGUUCAAUUAAGAGAAAAGUAUCUCAAGAAACCUGUUGUUGCAGACCCAUUAAUGGAGAACGACUCAAUAAUUAUGUCCUCUGAAUUCAGUACUGAGAGAAAAAGAAAGAGAAAAUCAAGCAAGAGGAAGGCGAAAAGCAAUGGCAGAAGUGGAGAAGGAUCUUCAUCAAGAAACAACAUUAAUCCGACGGAAGAGCCAGCGCCUCCAUUACCCAUACAAUUCAAAAAUGCAAUUUUUUCCCUAGCACAAGGUAGAACUGUCUUGGAAAUAAAGUUGGUAAUACAGAAGCAAUUGUUCGCCAGUGAUAUGGCUCAGGAUCAAAACCGGUUCACCAUUCCGGCAAAUCAGAUUAGAGAGGAGUUCCUGAGCAAUGAAGAGAAGACAAAUCUGUCAAAGUACGCGAGUAAGGGACGAAAAAUGGCUAUGAAAGUGAAGAUAAUCGAGCCACUGCUUGGAGAAGGUACUGUGGAGUUGAGAAGAUGGGACUUGAAGAAAGAUUCGGGACGUUCAAGUUCGUCGUACGUGUUGAAUAAAACUUGGGGCAAAAUUCGUGAGAAUAACAAACUCAUGAUUGGAGAUGUCAUGCAACUUUGGGCUGUUCGAGUCGAUGAAGAAUUGCUGUUUGUGCUUGUCAAGCUUGCCUGA